AGGUAUGGAAAUAAUAAAAUCCCGUCUUCUCCCAUGGUUGGGUACUUGCUUUUCGAGCCCACCUUUUGAAAGCAGCCUGGACACAUGUUCUUCCGUAUUACAGGAAUCCCUUGAGAAAGACAGACUGCUGAGGGAAUUAAGCAGCGUUCGGAACUUUGAAGUUGAACAGCUGGAAAAAGAGCUGAAUGCCACACGGUUACAGCUGAGUUUGGUGCAACAAGAUCUGACAGAAGCCAAGUUGUCUCUCGAAGACACAAAGUCCAAAUCAGCUACUACUCUUUUGGCAGCAGAAGAUGAAAUUGUUCAGCUAAAAACAGACUUAAAGGCUUCUCGGGCAAAAUCAGAUUGCACUUUGGAGAAUCUGGAUGAGUACGAGAAUCAGUUACAGACAUUGAAGGAUGAAAUUGCUAUCCUUCGGGCUGAGAAGUCCCUUCUUCAAAGCAGGCUUGCACGAAAUCGAUCUUCUCCUCCGAGACUUGCUCGAAGUAGAUCGCCGAGUCCACCUUCAGCACGAAAUUUUUCACCCAGCCGGGGAAGACUUACUUAUGCUUUGCGCCACGCUCGCCUUGUGGAACGAUUCAAUGACAUUUACUCUCAAGAACGUCUAGACGCUCAAACCCUCUUGAGGAGCUACACAGAUGAUCUGGAAAUGGUGCAGAGAAUAAUCUAUACCGCUGUUGUGGAGUCCUUCUAUGCAGCAAAGAAGGCCUUCAGACAGUUCAAAAUGCGCGUUAGAAAGACACUGACCCUCAGUUAUUCAGGGCCUGAACCACUUGAAGAUAUGGUGAUGGACUAUAUAAUUCGUCAGGAAGAUCUCUAUGAUGUUCAGUCCAGCGUCAGUGAAGUCAUCCGUGCACUGAACAUCAGUCCUAAGAUUUCUCUUCCAGGAGUUGAUUUCAUCAUAAUCAGUAGUUUGAUACGGGAGUUAUGCCGGAUAGCUUUUUCCAUGCAGACUCUAGAUCCUCCCCUUGAUGUUUCUUUUGGUACAGAUGGAGAGCUGUUCAGCGAGUACAAGUACCGUCGCAGCUAUGAUUCCGAUUUUACAGCUCCACUGGUGGCUUAUCAUGUCUGGCCAGCUCUCAUGGAAGAGGACUCAGUGAUUGUGAAGGGAGAGGCCGUAACUAAAAGAGGUGCUCUGUGGUCCAGAAGCAGAAACAGGAGCCAAAGUCGCAGCCGUAGUGUCAGCCCUCUGCCUCGUAGUACAGCCUACUCUCGGAAUUUGACAACUAGAAGCCGGAGUCCUUCCCCAUUACGGAACGGAAGCUCAAGAAAGUAGAUUCUCCAACAGGAUAUGACUUUUUUGAUUCUGUACAUCUCGAUCAAUCUGCUUCUACGGUGCCUUCUCUUGUUCCAGCAGUACCUCAAACUAUACUUAAAAUAAUGUGAAUGACUGUUUUGAAUGCCUCUGACAAAGCUUAGUAUGUUUUUAUAACUUUGCAUUUUUUUUUAACAAAAUGAAUGCAACCGUGAUUUUAAAAUUGCAUAUGCAUUUUAAGGUUUUCUUGAUUUUUUAAAAGAUUGUUUACAUAGCUUGUGACAUCACUUCCUUUGGGGAAUUCGGAAGGAGAAAUGGGAUAGGAUGCCAGCAUUCAAUAUAUUGCGAUCAUCAUCAGACCUUUAGGAUUUAUUUUGAGAACCGCAAUAUGUUGAGGCUGCAUUCGUAUAUUAUAUGUAUUUGUUUGCAAUUGAAUUUUGAUUAAACUCUGUGGCACUUAAUACAGAGUAGAUGUGUGUAAAAUUGCAUGGUAUGG